AACGUCCUCAACGGGCAGAUGCGCCUGGGCUUGCCGGGGGAGGUAUUCGCCCGGUCGGAUCAGUCCCGCCAGGUCUCCAGCCCCAGGACUGACCCUUACUCGGCGGCUCAGCUGCACAACCAGUACGGCCCCAUGAAUAUGAAUAUGGGCAUGAACAUGGCAGCCCACCACCACCACCACCCAGGUGCCUUUUUCCGCUACAUGCGGCAGCAGUGCAUCAAGCAAGAGCUCAUCUGCAAGUGGAUCGACCCUGAGCAGCUGAACAACCCCAAAAAAAGUUGCAAUAAAACUUUCAGCACCAUGCACGAGUUGGUCACCCACGUCUCGGUGGAGCACGUUGGGGGACCCGAGCAGAGCAACCAUGUCUGCUACUGGGAGGAGUGUCCCCGCGAAGGCAAGCCCUUCAAAGCGAAAUACAAACUGGUCAAUCAUAUCCGAGUGCACACGGGAGAGAAACCCUUCCCCUGCCCCUUCCCUGGCUGCGGAAAAGUUUUCGCCAGAUCAGAAAAUCUCAAAAUUCACAAAAGGACGCACACAG